UCAUUAAUAUUAUAUUUAGAAAAUGUAACCGCUUUAAAUACUAAACUCGUACCCGUAACAGGUCAAAUCUAUUAAUAAUAAAAUAAAAUGGACUUGAUUAUAAAUGUCGUAGAAAGGUUUCGAUUACCUAUCUAUGUUUCAAUAAACUUCUACCUCAAGUAAGUGUCGGUAUCACUAUCAUCACCCUUUCUCAACCCCAAUAAUUUUCCUGGUCACGUUGAAUAGUUAAACAGAGGUGCAUUCACGGUCAGGGUUCCCAAUAGCAUUAUUGAUUAGCCCUGAUGCAUGACGCGGCGUGACGUAGCGCGGGCGGAGGAAGGUGGAAGUAGUCAGCAGUCGUGUCGUGCCCAUUGAUCGUGGGGCGGGCGGGCGGCGGGGCGGGGGCGGCGCCCACGUGCUCCGCAGGCCGGGAAUAGACAGUCCUCGCGCAACCGUCUCGGGCUCGCAUCGCCCGCUUUUUCUCUACAAAAACUUUACGUCUUACUUUUUUAUUUUUACAACAAAAUUUUCUUAAGCAAAAAAUAGUUUUUCCCAAUUUCCAUUUUCUAUCUUCUCCGACUGAAAGACUGUGCGGCAACAACAAAUAAAUUAACAAUUAGACACAUGAACAAUCGCGUCAAUUAAAGCAACAAAGUAUUUAAAAAACAAAGUGAUUAGUCUAGUUCUAAAUAUACAGGGUUCGGGAUUAGUGUGUGAUAAGACGGCGGUGUGACUGACGGGUCUCACGGGCCGGGUGGCUCAGUGUGGUGCGUGUGUGGGGGUAGUGCCUGGCUGCUGCUAGCGUGGCGCCGGCGGUGGCGGGCGGGGCUGCGCGCGCGCAUGCCAUGCAGGGCCCGCUGUCUGCGCUGCUGCGCGCGGCCGACCCCGCCGAGACUCACGACACCGACAAACUUCACAAUGGUCACAAUGGCAUCACUCCUGUACUGGUCUUCUCUGGUGAAGGGGGCACACACGAAGGCGGACUGGUAUGGCGCGGCUGCUCCACAGGCCUCGACGCCGAGGACGGCGCGGCGGGAGCGCUCGGCGAUGGCCUCAACCCAGGAGACAAGCUGGAGGGGUCGGACGCAGCUGCGGACGACCCUGUUCACCUCAAGAGACGGGUGGGACUCUUCAGUGGGGUGGCUCUAAUCGUCGGCACCAUGAUAGGAUCUGGAAUAUUCGUGUCGCCCUCUGGGCUGCUGGAGCGGACGGGCUCAGUGGGCAUCAGCUUCAUCAUAUGGAUGGCGUGUGGUCUGCUCUCUCUGUUAGGCGCAUUGGCGUAUGCGGAGCUGGGAACCAUGAACACGUCCUCGGGCGCGGAGUACGCCUACUUCAUGGACGCAUUCGGGGGACCCCCGGCGUUCCUGUUCUCUUGGGUGUCGACGCUGGUGCUGAAGCCGUCGCAGAUGGCCAUCAUCUGCCUGAGCUUCGCCAAGUACGCGGUGGAGCCGUUCGUGUCCGAGUGCGAGCCGCCCGUGUCGCUCGUCAAACUCGUCGCUGUCAUCUCUAUUGUGAUGAUUCUGGCAGUGAACUGCUACAGCGUGAACCUGGCCACCAACGUGCAGAACAUCUUCACGGCCGCCAAGCUCGUCGCCAUCGCCAUUAUCGUUUGUGGAGGAGCUUAUAAAUUGAUAUUAGGUAAUACGCGACAUUUACAGGAGCCAAACUUCGCCAGUAGCACGGCCACGUUCGGCAACAUCGCCACCGCCUUCUACACGGGCCUGUGGGCCUACGACGGCUGGAACAACCUCAACUAUGUCACGGAGGAAAUUAAGAAUCCGUCUAAGAACCUGCCACUAAGUAUAAUAAUCGGCAUCCCGCUCGUCACUCUCUGCUACGCGCUCGUGAACGUGUCGUACCUGGCGGUGAUGUCGGUCAGUGAGAUGACGGACAGCGAGGCGGUGGCGGUGACGUUCGGCAACCGCCUGCUCGGGCCCAUGGCCUGGCUGAUGCCGCUGGCGGUCACGAUAUCGACGUUUGGGUCGGCAAACGGCACGCUAUUUGUUGCUGGAAGGUUGUGCUUCGCGGCGUCGCGGGAGGGGCACCUGCUGGACAUCCUGUCGUACGUGCACGUGCGCCGCUUCACGCCCGCGCCCGGACUCAUAUUCCACUCGCUGAUAGCGGUAGCGAUGGUGCUGUACGGGACCAUCGACUCGCUGAUCGACUUCUUCUCGUUCACGGCGUGGAUCUUCUACGGCGGCGCGAUGCUGGCGCUGAUAGUCAUGCGCUACACCAAGCCGCAUGCGCCUAGGCCUUACAAGGUGCCGAUAGUGAUCCCGUACCUGGUCCUCUUCGUCUCCACAUACCUGGUGGUGGCGCCCAUCAUAGACAAGCCGGAGUGGGAGUACCUGUACGCGGCCGCCUUCAUCCUCGCCGGCCUGCUGGUGUACCUGCCCUUCGUCAAGUGGGGGUACUCGCUGCCGUUCAUGGAUAAGAUAACAGUUUUUCUUCAAAUGGUGCUGGAGGUGGUUCCGACAUCAACAACUUUCGAAUAUUAGUAGUCAUUGCUUGACUUUAAACGAGCAGUAGUGACGAACAUUUUAUAAGUACCUAGGUAGAGCUACUUAAAUACAAUACAUACUUAAUCUAAAAAGUACCUAUUAUGCAAAUUGAAAUGCCCCUCAAAAUUAUUAAAGUAAUGUUAAAUGAGACAUAUUGUUAUAAUUUAACUGACUGAUGUUGUAAUUUUUAUAAUUUGGAAUUAAAAUUUGAUAUAAAAUUGUCUUUAUGCAAUACUUUCACAAAAUGUUAUGUAUUUUAUACAUUUUAAAAGUUGUCAGAACAUAUUAUUUGUCAUUGAUGUAAUAAUUACAAAUAUUUUGAUUAUAAUAUUAAUAAUGAAGUAUUUGUGUAUUGUUGCCAAAUGGCGUGGGUAUGUUCUGUUGAUAUUGUGAAGCUAGCCAUAAUCUUCUCAUCUCAUUUCGUUAGAUUGCACGAAUCAUUCCUUUAAUAAGGGCUCGCACAUGCUGAGAUUGUAACCUUUUUACAUUAUGAUAGGUAAACGUAUCGGGGUAUUAGUCAAUUGUUUACAAUCGAUCUCUGUUUAAUACUGCACAAACUAAUGUUCAAUUUGUUUACAAAAUUAAGAUGAUUUAAUUUUAAAAGUCUUUAUGUCGUCAUUUUGAAAGACAAAUCUCAGCUGUGCACAAGACCUGUUAUUGUAACUAUGAGUGAUUGUGCUAAGCUCAUAGUAUUUAGCUCAUCAUAUCAUCCAUAAGGAAACCUUAGACUCAAUUUUGCAUAGCCAGGUGUUUUAUUUUUUAUACUUGUACUAUUUUAAUAACUUUGUUAUUUUGGGAACAGCUCACAGACUUCUCGAGAAUAUUUGUGUGAUUAUAAUAUUAGUUAUUUCUUUAUUACCAUGCUGUUCCCUUUUUGAAGACUUAAAGUGUGCAGAAUAUUAACAUACUUAUAGGUUUUUGAGUAGCGAGCGGUGGAGGGGACCCGCGAUCGGUAUAAUUUGGUCCUAUCAUUCCUUACCGGGGCGGCCGACUCCAUCCGAGCCAAUGUUUUUUUUCAUUAUGAUUUUAUCUCUUUUAUUAUUAUUACUCAUAACAAUGUUUUUGUACAAAGUUUUUUGUUAGUUGCAGUGCCGUAGCCCAAGGUGUAAAAGACAUAGUUACCUAAAUACUAGCGUAAAUACUACACAUUGCUUGUAGUUAUCCAAGUAGUGUGUACCUAAUUGAAUUAUAAAUAUGAAUAUCUAAUGUUACAUAGUAGUGUAUGACCUACUAGCUAUCUAUCUAACUACAAAGUAAUAUCGGGCACACAUGAGUACAGACAUAACGAUGUGAUAUUGUUAUGGGUAAAAAACUAAUGGUUUUAUUUUGUGUACAGAAAAAAGUUAAAUAUAAAAUACUAUGUACUAAUGUAUAAUCUCUGAGAGAGAAAAUAUUUAUUGUUUGUUAUACAGGAUCAUUGGAAUAAAAUAAAUUUUAAAUAAAGACAGAAAAUAUU